AUGAUCAAGAGUCAAGUUUUACUAUUUCUGUCCUUGGGGCUAACUGCUGUUACGGGCCGUUCUGCUAAGCCCAACUUUAUCUUCAUCAUUACUGAUGAUCAGGACUUGCAUCUAAAUUCUAUCGACUACCAGCCUUCGGUACAGAAGCAUUUUGCCCAAGAAGGUACCUGGUUCAAGAAGCACUUUUGUACUGUGGCAUUGUGCUGUCCAUCGCGGGUGUCCCUCUUAACAGGAAAAGCUGCCCAUAACACAAAUGUCACGGACGUCUCUGCUCCUUAUGGGGGAUAUCCUAGGUUUAUCGAGGAAGGGUUCAAUGAUCACUACCUUCCGGUAUGGCUUCAAGAGGCGGGAUACAACACCUAUUACACUGGCAAGCUUAUGAAUGGUCAUUCUAUCACCACAUAUGAUGCACCACGAGCCAGUGGUUGGAAUGGAUCCGACUUCUUGAUUGAUCCAGGAACAUACGUCUUCUAUAACUCCACUAUGACUCGUAACCAUGACCCCUACAAAAAUCUACCAGGAGAGUAUUCGACCGACCUAGUAGCCAAUGCUGCAGUUGGUUUCUUGGAAGAAGCUAUUGCCGCAUCUGAUCGACCGUUCUUCAUCGGUGUAGCGCCUAUAGCUCCUCAUUCAGAGACAGUCACCAACCCACGGCCUGCCAAGUUCAACCCACCAGUUCCUGCAAAGAGACAUGAGCAUCUCUUUCAGAACGUCACGAUACCUCGAACACCCAACUUCAAUCCAGACAAACCAGGAACAGCAUCCUACUUCAAGACCCUCCGCCAACUCAACCAAUCCGAGAUAGACUACAACGAUGAUUGGUACCGAAAGCGUCUACAAUCUCUGCAAUCGGUGGACGAGCUCAUCGAUUCCAUCGUUGCACGUCUGGAGGCAACCCCAGAGGUUCUUGAAAAUACUUACUUGAUUUACACAACAGACAACGGCUUCCACAUCUCUCAGCACCGCCUCCCGCCUGGAAAAAGCUGCGGCAUUGAGGAAGAUGUCAACAUACCCUUCUUCAUCCGCGGUCCUGGUAUCGCAAAAGGCGCUGUCCAAACUAUUCCUUCUAGCCACACUGAUAUCGUCCCUACGCUAUUUCAUCUAGCUGGUAUACCUUUGCGAGAAGACUUCGACGGGGAACCUAUUCCUGUCACUGAAGAGCUGCUUGCGCGGAACGAGAAAAGCGAACAUAUCAACAUUGAAUUCUGGGGUAAUUACCUAGUUGAAGGAAAUACCUUCUUCGGGCAGAGCUCUUUGUUGAACAAUACGUAUAAGACUGUAAGGGUGGUGGGAGAGGAGUACGACUUGGCGUAUACUGUGUGGUGCACUAAUGAACAUGAACUAUACGAUAUGACGAACGAUCCUUAUCAGCUCGAAAAUCUUUACAACACGAACAGCACAGCCAUAAACGGGUGGUCUAUAAAUAAGGUCACGUCGAGACUCAAUGCUUUGUUGCUUACGCUCAAGCGUUGCAAGGGCCGUGUUUGUACGAGGCCCUGGGAGAAAUUACAUCCAGGAGGUGAUGUGAAGAGCUUGGGCGAUGCAAUGGAGGGGAGGUACGAUGUCUUUUAUCUGGAGAAGCAGCAUCAGGUCACUUUUGAAGAGUGUGCCUUAGGUCAGGUGUUGAGUUUUGAGGGGGCUCUAGAGCCGGUAAUCUGGCAGGAGGAGUGGGAUGCUUGGAGCUGGGCUACUUGA